UCCACCCUCCUCCAGAUUUGCCCAUUAAUGCAAAUGCAGAGGCCUGAGUGGUUCGUUAGCAGCGUGUGGAAUGGAAUAAUGCAUCCGCAUCCCAUUAGCCUAAUGAAAAAAGGGAACGGGCACCUGGAACAAAGCUGCCGACUCUUGGCCAGUCUCCUGGAGCCUCUGGCGCAGGCGGCACCAGGGCCUGGCCCCUGCUCGCCUCGGUUGCCUCCUUGCCAUGGACUCCGAGUGCCUCAGGGUCCCGGUGCUCUGGCGGGGAUGUGGGGUGACGGGAGGGGGCUGCAACGUGCCCCACUGCCCCGGACCUCCGGCCAUGCCCAGGUGGCUGUGUCAGUGGCUAGGGGCCUGGACCAGGGUGGGCUGUUUUUGGGAGGGCAGGUGCCUAGCGCUGGUGCCUAUGCAUGUCCCAGCGCUCAGCUCCCAGGUGCGGGGCAGGAGCAGGGCUUGCUCUGGUGCAACUGCUGUCCGGUUGCCCUCGGGCACAGCCAUCGCCUCCUGCUUGUAUCGCCCCACAGCAGUGCCCGAACCAGAGGGGCAGCGCCGGGCAGUGGCUCCAAGCCGGGCAGGGCCACGUCCUCUUGCUCCCAGCUCCGGGCCUGGCUGUGCCAGCGCCUGGCCAAGCCGAGCUGACUGGCUUCCAGCAGGCCGGGCUUCAGAUGCUGUUAUUUCUGCCUCUUGCCUUCCUCUCUGUGUCUCCGCGGCCCUCCCCUUCCCCUCAUCCCCGCCCCCAGCCUCUCGGCUGUCUCCAUUCCUCUCCGUGUUGGAGCUUGUUUUGGGCAUCUCUGGGUUGCAAUGGGACCUCGGUCGCCUGCCAGCCCAUCGGCCUGGAGAACGGAGCCAGCCCGCCCGCCGAAUGGUUCCAGCGCGCCCAGGGCUCCGGACCGCGCCAGCCCGGCAGCGAGGCGGAGGGCGGCGAGAGGAGCUUCAAAGUGAACCUGUAUUGCAAGCACUCGAGGCCAAGGGAGCUCAAGUGCAACAGCCGCAGCGGCAAAGCCGAGGGUCCCUGCAUCGGCUUCCCCGACUCCCAUGUCAGCAACUGCUCGGCUAAGCGGCACCCGGGGGAGGAGGAGUUCAGGAUGCGCGUGAAGCCCCCGGGCCCGGUGGUGACAUCCAGCGCUGCCCGCAGCUCGCCUGACUACGUCCGAGAGCCCAAGUUCUACUCAGCCGGGCACCCGGGGCAGAGGCCGGCCGCCUGCCCAGCGGAGAAAGCCUUGUCCUGCAGCCUGCUAAGCUUCCCCGAGGGCUCGUGCCCGGCGCUGGGCCGGGAGCACCAAUCCGGACCGCUGCUCCAUGGGGACCCGGCUGACCGGUGCCAGAGCCUGCACGCCAAGGGAGAGGACUUCUCGCCCCCCGGCCUGCUGAGCGACGCCAGGGUUGUGGUGGGGACUGUGGACGAGACUGCCACGCACGACCGAGCCCCCAAGACCUUCUCCAAUGCCACGCUGGCCUCUGGCCGCUGCAACGUGGACAGCAUUGUCUCGCUGCUGAAGAGCAAGUGCGGCAACGGGCGCAUCAACCUCCACCCCGUGGUGCAGCUCAUCGACAUUAUGAAGGACAUCACCCGGCUGUCCGAGGACCUCAGGAACAGCGGCCUCCACCUGGACUGCGGCAGCCUGAGGCUCAGCGGCCCCACGGCGCCCGGCGACGAGGUCCGUCUGCCAGCCGGCGACCGGGACCUGCAGUACAGCUUCUUCUCCUCGCCCACCCUGGCCAACAGCAUCCGCAGCCCGGAGGAGAGGGUGGCGCUGUGGAACGCCAAGGCCGAGGCAUCCCUGCCGGGGCGCUCCAUGCUGCACGAGGCCGAGAUGGAGGGGGGCAGGGGGAGUGCCCACCUCAGCAGCUCCCCUGCCGCCUCCAAGCUGCCUGGUGAGCCAGGCGAAGCCGGCUGUCCCCCGCCGGACGCCGGCGAUUACUCAGAGCUGGCCGACGCGGAUAUACUAAAUGAACUGGCUUCCUUGGCUUGCCCAGGCACCCAGCUGCUAGAGCCCCAGUCAAUGGAGCCCCAGUCCCAGUUGCUGCCAGCCCAGGAGCUGGAUUCCCAGUCCCACUUGCUGGACUCCCAGUCUCUGGAAUCCCAGCCGCAGCUCAUCGAUUCCCAGGCUCUGGAGCCCCUGCCGGAGCCCCUGGAGCUGCAGAACCUGGAGCCGUUGCCCGAGCCGCUGGGGCUGCAGUCCCUGGAGCCCUUGUCUGCGUCCCUGGAGCUGCAGUCUCUGGAGCCCCUGUCCGAGUCGCUGGAACUCCAGUCCCUGGAGCCCCUCUCGGAGCCGUUAGGACUCCAGUCCCUCGAGGCGCUGCCCGAGUCCCUGGAGCCGCAGCUGCUGGACUCCCAGGCCCAGCUCCUGGAUGCUGAGCCGCCCUUGCUAGGCUCCCCGCCGCCGGCUCUGGGGCCCGUGCCCAAGCUGCUGGAUCCCGUGCCCCAGGGGCUGGCGGCCGAGCCCCUUGGCUCGCCCGCCUUCCCGCCCCACCUCGGGAGGUGCCCCCUGGGCGCGGUGGGCCGGCGGGGCGGCUGUGCGGGGCGGGGCGCGGGGCGCUGCGGGGAAGACCACCGCAAGUACGCGCUGCGCAGAACAGACAAACCAAAGAUCCUCUGCCGCCGGCGGCGGGCUGGGCGGGGGCGGCGCCUGGACAUCUCUGCUGAGACCCGCGUGCUGCCCUUGGCCGUGCCGGUGGAGGUGGCAGCCGGGCUGGCCGAGCCCAUCCUGCCCCCGCUGCCUGCGGCCCCCGUCCCCGCCGUGCCGGAGCCGGACGACGGCCAGAAGGCGCCUCUGCCCUCCAAGAAGGGCAAAUGCCGCGGAGUGCGCAAGAUGGUGGUGAAGAUGGCCAAGAUUCCUGUGUCCCUGGGGCGGAGGAAUAAGACCACCUACAAGGUCUCGUCGCUCAGCAGCAACUUGAACCUGGAGGGCAAGGAGAUGGCGGCCAGCAGCUCGUUAGAGCCGACACCACUGCUGAAGAUGAAGAAUAACGGGCGCAAUGUGGUGGUGGUCUUCCCGCCGGGCGAGAUGCCCAUCAUCCUGAAGCGCAAGAGGGGCCGGCCACCCAAGAACCUGAUGCUGGGCCAGGGCAAGCCCAAGGAGCCUGCGCCAGAGGUGAAGAAGAGGAGGAGGAGGAAGCAGAAGCUGGCAUCGCCGCAGCCCUCCUACAUCGCAGACACCAACGACAGCAAGGCCGACUACUCGGACGUCCUGGCCAAGCUGGCCUUCCUGAACCGGCAGAGCCAGUGUGCUGGGCGCUGCUCCCCGCCACGCUGCUGGACCCCCAGCGAGCCCGAGUCCAUCCACCAGGCGCCCGACACCCAGAGCAUCUCCCAGUUCCUGCACCGGGUGCAGGGCUUCCGCCGGCGCGGGGGCAAAGGGGGUGGGUGCGGCGGGCGAGGAGGGGGCCACGGUGCCCGCACCUCCCGCUGCUCCUUCAGCGACUUCUUCGAGGGCAUCGGGAAGAAGAAGAAGCCGGCCGCGGCCCUGCACGCCGACGUCGUCCACCCCCGCAAGAGGGGCCGUCCCGAGCCCGACCCCGUGGGCAAGCCCAAGCGCAAGAGGCGCUCCCGCAAGAACGGGGCGCUCUUCCCGGAGCAGAACCCCGGCCAGAGCUUCAGCGACAGCACCUCCGAGUGGGCCGGGGACAAGGGCAGCCCCUGGGCCCCCCACCACGGCCACCCUGCCAGCCAGGCCAGCCGCAACUGCAGCUUCCAGGGCGCAGAGCCCAGGGCUUUCGCCUCCUCGGCACUGGAGUCCGGCUCCUCCAGCCGAGCCGGCUUCUACGGCGGGAGCACGACAUCCUCCCAGGCGGAGGUCAGCCAGGAGCGGCACAACCUCUUCACCGGCUACUUCCGCUCCCUGCUGGACUCGGACGACUCCUCGGACCUGCUGGACUUCGCCCUGUCGGCCUCACGCUCAGAGUCCCGCAAGUCCUCGGCCGCCUACACCGCGCCCCCCAACGCCAUGCCCAGCCAGCGCGGGCUGGCAUCCUACACAGGCCGCGGCGGCAAGGUAGCGGCCGCCCCCACCACGGAGGCGCCCUUCCACUCAGUGAUGCAGAGCCGUCCAGCUUUCUCCCACAGCCGAGCGGCCGCCUACGCGGUGUCUCAGGCCGCCUCCGAGUGCCGCGGCACCGACGCCUUCCAGAAGCUGGUGCCGCCCUCCACCGUCUCGCGGUCGCCCACCGCGCACCCCGCCGCCGGCGCGGCGCCCGGCUACGCGCAGUACGGCAGCUUCGGCUCCGGGCAGAGCGUGACGCCCUCCAGCGUCUUCCAGCCGGCCAAGCCGUACGCCGCCACCCAGGACUGCCCCAACAACAAGGACUGCAGCUUCGCCUACGGCAGCGGCAGCAGCCUGCCGUCCUCCCCCAGCAGCGCCCACAGCGCCGGCUACACCCAGCAGACGGCGGGGCCCAAUCUGCCCCUCAACAAAGCCUCCUUCUUCAACAGCUCCGAGGGGGGCCAGUUCUCCAGCUCCGCGCACACGCCGCUGCGGUGCGACAGCCGGGCCAGCACCGUGUCCCCCGGCGGCUACAUGGUGCCCAAAGGCUCCAUCUCCUUCCAGCCGUCGCCCGAGAACUGCCGGCAGUUCCCCGGCGCGUCCCAGUGGAACUUCCGGCAAGGCUACGGCACGCUGGACUGGAACGCCGAGGCCUUCAGCCAGCUCUACAACCCGGGCUUCGACUGCCACAUCAACGAGCCCAACGUCAUCCUGGACAUCUCCAACUACACGCCCCAGAAGGCCAAGCAGCAGACGGUGUCGGAGACCUUUUCCGAGUCCUCCUCCGACAGCACCCAGUUCAACCAGCCGGCCGGCUACCGGCGGGCCAACAGCGAGGCCUCGUCCAGCGAGGGCCAGUCCAGCCUUUCCAGCCUGGAGAAGCUCAUGAUGGACUGGAACGAGGCCUCGUCGGCCCCGGGUUACAACUGGAACCAGAGCGUCCUCUUCCAGAGCAGCUCCAAGCCCGGCCGGGGGAGGCGGAAGAAAGUGGACAUGUUCGACACCUCUCACCUGAACUUCUCCUCCUCUUCCUCCUCCUCCUCCGUGUACCCCUCCAAGAGGAACGCGGGACCCCGGCAGCCCCGCGGGUCCCGAGGGGCCUGCGCCUCCAAGAAGGAGAGGGGGACAGGGAAGGCCAAGUUCCCCUCCAAAUCCCAGGCGGUGAACCCGCUCUUCCAGGACAGCACGGACCUGGGGCUGGACUACUACAGCGGCGACAGCAGCAUGUCCCCCCUCCCCUCGCAGUCCCGGGGCUUCAGCGUCAGCGAGAGAGACCCGUGCGACUUCGCCGGGCCCUACUCCAUGAACCCCUCCACCCCGUCCGACGGGACCUUCGUGCAAGGCUUCCAGAGCGACUCGCCCGGCCUGGGCCAGACCGACCUGGAGAGCAAACACUUCCCCACCCUGCCGCACCAGCUGGCGGCCCCGGCCCCGCAGACGGUAUUCGACGCCAGCUUGCAGAAAGCCUUCUCGCCCAACUGCUCCCCGACCCUGGCCUUCAAGGACGACCUGCGGCCGGGUGACCUCCGCAAGCUGCCGGCCUGCGACUCCCUCAAGCACGGCAUGGCGGGCAGCGGCCUGCCCCAUGCCGCCGCGCACAUGGCUUGCCGGGACCUACCCAUGCCUCAGCCCCACUACGACUCCCCCAGCUGCAAAAACCCCAGCUACUGGUACUCUCCCAACUCCAGCACCCGCAGCCCGCCCUACGACAACAAGACAGGGGCCAGCAUGCUGGUGGACUUCAUGGGGAGAACGGACCCCUCCUGCCUCAACCCCCACCUGACCAGCCCCAGCACCGCCGCCGCCUCCAAGGGCGAGAAGGAGACCCUCGAGAUGGCCAGGGCCCACCACCGAGGGGCCUAUGCCUGCCCCUUGAUGAAUGACUUGAAUAUCUCCCCAGUCCCAAGAGACUCUAUGCUGCAGCUGCAGGACAACUACAGGUACCCCAGCUUUCCGCCCCAGGGCCACCCGGGCAUGGCCUCCGCCCAGAAGAGCGGGUUUCUGGGGCCCAUGGUCGAGCAGCACCCCGAGGACACUUUUACGGUCACCUCCUUGUAGUGUCAUCUGAAGUGCCAACCGGACAACGAGGUUUUGUUACAGGAGCUAAUUUAGCCAGCACUUUUUCUGGAACACUUUUCAAGUUCUGUAUUUAAAGGAGACCGAGAACUCUUUGUUUGUUUUCUAAAAAAAAAGAGGAAAAAAAAAUUUAAAAAAUUAAAAAUAAAUAAAAAAAUCAAAAAAAUCAAAGAAGAGCAAAGGAAGCGAGAGGAAACCCGGAGGUUUUUUGCUUUUUUUUUUUUUUUUUUUUUUUUUAAAUAAUAAUAAUAAAAAUACAAACUCGUGCUACGAUCGACAUGGCUGUGAUUUUCGGAGCAGGCCGUGUCUUCCCUCCCCACCCCACCCACCUUCCACCCCACGGACUCCAGCAGAAAGACAAUCGGACAGCCACCUCCGCCCGCCAGCGCCAGGGGGCACGGGACGCCGGCGCGCGGCGGGGGACAGCGGUGGGGGGGGCGGGGCUUUUUGGGGGGCAUGGUUGCUUUUCCCCCGUGAAUCAAUCGACUCUGAGAACUCAACCGAAGACCUUGCGGAGGCCGAGGAGGACUUGGCCCCGUCCCUCUGCCCGCGCCUUGGAGGUACCAGAGCCCUGCUGUCUCCGCUUCGCCGUUUGUUUGAGGGGGAUUUUUGUUGCUUGGGGGUUUUUUCCCUUCUUUUUUUUGUUUUUUGGUUGUUUUUUUUUUGGAGAGCCCAAAAGUCAUGGAACAGCCCCCCGGCAGAUCUCGGCGACACGGCCGCUGCCCGCUUUCACAAACACAAGAGAAGGCCCCCACCCUGUCCCAGCCCGGCCACCACCGCAGGACGCUCUCGCGGCCCCCGGCUCCCUUUGGCAACCGGAUUUUUUUGGCGAGGGGCUUGGGGAGAAGGAGGUCUUUCUCCCCGAACACCCAAGUCCAGACCCCGCAACGGCGAGAAGAGCGUGCGCCUCGCCUCCCGCGCCUCCGUCCGCCGCCUCCCGCCCCGACCCCUCCUUCAUCGGAAGCAGAGCUGCCCCGGGUCUUUCCUCCCUACGGAAGCAGAGGGACUCUGUUAUUAUUAAUAUUAUUAUUAUUUUUCCUGCACAAAACCAGCAAUUGUAAAUACUUUUGAAGAAAAGGAAAAAAAAAUGUAAAAAAAAAAAAAAAAAUGCAGAAAAAAGAGAACCACACACACACAUACACACACACACACACACACACACACGGAGAACAGACAAAACCAACAAAUAAAGAAUGAAUUUAAAAAUAAAAAAAUAAAAUAAAAUAAACCCGAGAGAGGCAAAUAUGCAGGAGAGCAAAGCAAAAACCCGUCAGUAUGCACUGAGAAAAUUUAUUUACAGAUCGAUUGACAAAAGAGAAAAAAAAAGUAACAAUAACCUAUUUAUUGUAUAUACUGUUUUAUUAUAAAUCGUGUCUUGUAUAUUGCAUUCUGUACAUCUGCUGUGGUUUUGUGAUGUGCAAAUUCAGCAUGGGUUCAUUGGGUUUCCGUUGCCUUUUUUUAAACGACAAUGACGACGAUUUUAGUUUUAUUUUUCUUAUCCGGACAAAGAAUCCUUGUUUUUGGCAGUUUGCACCCAAAGAUCCAGAUUUGUAUUAAAAAAAAAAAGAAAAAAAAGAACAACAACAAAAAAAAGACCCCCACAGAAAAAGAAAGGAAAAAAAAAGAUUAAAACAACAACAAAAAACAGUGAGAAAAAAGGGGGAAAAAUGCAUAACACGGCCUCUUGGAGGGGCGGGGGGUGCUCGUGGGAAGGGGGUCCGGGGGGGUCGAGGCGAAGGAGAUGUCUGCGUUUUGUUUGCUACAACAGUAUUCCUUCCUCCGUGCGUCCCCAGCUGCGCCUGUGAUGAGCUCAGGGUGUGCGUGCCUGUGUGUGCGUGUGCGUGUGCGGGUGACACUAGUUCGGCCCCUGCCCUGUCUCCCCACGCCCCUCCCCACCCCCGUGCCCUUCCCGUCUCCAGGAUUUGGAAACUCUGUACAGCUUUUGUGGAUUGUGCAAAAAAAAAAAACAAAAAACCGUACAAAAACCCCCCAAAAAAAGGAAAAAAAAGAAAAAAAGAACAAAAAAACCCCAACCCAGCCGCCCGACACCCCUCCUUGUGUUGUCUGUUCCUGACCCGACGGCAGUGCUGGUCGUGAACCCCGCGCCGGGCCCAGCGCGCCCGCUCUGAGCAUCCAUCGGUCCAGAACAUGAGCUCCUCGUGCUUUGGGAUGUCUUUGGCCGAGGCCGCCCUCCGAUCCCGCUCCCGUGCCCAAGAUCCUUUCACUUUCCCCCUUGACUGGUCUUUUUGUGUAUUUAGGAAGGAAUUUUUAAUAGGCACUUUUUUUAUAUUAAAAGAAACCUAUAUAUUGA